CAGAAGAUGGGGAGAAUGGGAGCAUCAAGAAUAGAAGAGUAGUAUUGAAAGGGAUAGCCGAUGGAUUACAUUACAGUUUUGCUUUUGCUUUCCUUUGUGUGGACCUGCAUUCAUCUCCUCAAGCUCAGUCCAACUGGCCGGAAACCCAGUACAGCCAGCCUCCCUCCAGGCCCCCGCCCCUUUCCAAUCAUCGGCAACAUCCUCAAACUUGGGGACAAACCUCAUCAAUCUCUUACAAAUCUCUCCAAAAUAUAUGGCCCUGUAAUGUAUCUCAAGCUUGGGAGUGUUUCCACCAUAGUCAUUUCCUCUUCUGAAACUGCCAAAGAGGUCCUACACAGAAAUGAUCAAGCCUUCUCUGGCCGAGUAGUCCUAGAUACCAUCAAAGCCCAUAACCAUCAUGAAUCUUCGGUGGUAUGGAGUCCGGCAUCUGCUUAUUGGCGAAAGAUUAGGAAGAUAUGCACCAGGGAAAUGUUUUCGGUGCAGCGGCUUGAUGCCAGCCAAGGCCUUAGGAGAAAAAUAGUACAGGAACUGCUGGACUAUGCGAAAGAAUGUUGCGGUAGGGGUUGUGCAGUCAAUAUUGGUGGAGCAGCCUUCACAGCAAGCCUUAAUUUGUUAUCAAACACCAUUUUCUCCAUUAAUUUGGCUCAUCACGGCUCUACUUUUUCACAAGAGUUCAAGGAUAUCGUAUGGCGUACGAUGGAAGACGCUGGAAGACCCAAUUUUGCAGAUUAUUUCCCGGCCUUUAAAUUGAUUGACCCACAAGGUAUACGGCGGAACGUGAAGAUUCAUGUAGAUAAAUUGAUUCAUAUUUUUGAAGGUAUAAUCAAUCAAAGGUUGCAAUCAAAAGCCUCAUCAGCAAGCAACGAUGUACUAGAUGCCUUCCUCAAUCUCACAGAAGAAAAUAACCAAGAGUGGAGCUGCAGAGAUAUUAUACAUUUGCUUAUGGAUCUCUUUCUUGCGGGAACUGACACCACUUCAGAAACAAUAGAGUGGGCAAUGGCAGAGCUACUACACAACCCGGAAACAAUGGCAAAAGCUCAAAGGGAGCUCCAAGAAGUCCUUGGCAAGGAUGGGAUAGUUCAAGAAUCAGACAUCUCAAAGCUCCCUUACUUACAAGCCAUAGUCAAAGAGACCUUUAGGUUGCACCCACCAGCCCCACUGCUAGUUCCCCAUAAAGCUGAAACUGAUGUAGAAAUAUGUGGCUUCACAGUUCCAAAGAAUUCCCAAGUACUAAUUAAUGUAUGGGCUAUUGGUCGAGAUCCAAGCACUUGGUCAAACCCGAAUGCAUUCGUGCCUGAGAGGUUUUUGGGGUGUGAUAUUGAUGUCAAAGGCCGGGAUUUUGAGUUGAUUUCAUUUGGUGCGGGAAGAAGAAUAUGUCUUGGACUGCCAUUAGCUCAUAGGAUGGUGCACCUGAUAUUGGCCUCUCUUCUUCAUUCCUAUGCUUGGAAGCUUGACGAUGGUAUGAAAACAGCAGAUAUGGACAUGAAUGAGAAAUUGGGGUUGACAUUACACAAGGUCCAGCCUCUACGGGCUAUUCCAAUCAAAGUUUGAUUGUAUUUUUAUGUCUUAAUGAAUGUAACUUCUAUGUUGUUUAUGUACCCUAUCAUUACCUAAUACGCACCCAAGGUUUUCAAAAGAUUUAGUAAAAUUGAGUUA